AUGGCUUCCACUAUCCCCUGGACUCAGAUCAAGGCACUAUCCUUUGACAUUUACGGCACUCUCGUUGAUUGGGAGAAUGGCAUUGCCAAUGCUGCACGAGCUACCGCUCUUGGGCCCCACCUGCCAUCUGAGCACAAGGAUCUUAUGCUAGGCAUCGAAAGACAUGAUACCACGGUGCAGAGAGAAUAUCCAACACUGCGCCAGACCGAAAUCAUUGCUGAAGGCCUGCGCCGUUAUGCCCGGGAGCUUCGAAUUGUCGAGAAUGGCCAUUUGACAGAAGAGCAACUCGAGCAGUCAGCAAAGGAGUAUGGCUCCGAGAUCGGAAAAUACCCGGCGUUUGAAGACAGCGUUGCUGCUAUACAGGCUCUGAGCAAGCGAUACAAAUUGAUCCCGCUUUCGAACGUAGAUCGGGGUUCCUUCAAAAAAACGCUUGCUGGACCACUCAAAGGCUGCCAUUUCGACGCCAUCUACACGGCAGAAGACAUCGGCUCCUAUAAACCCGAUCCCAAUAAUUUCGAAUAUUUACUGAAGCAUGUCAAGCUUGAUUUUGGCGUGGAGCAGGAUCAGCUGUGUCAUGUUGCUCAGAGUCUUUUCCACGACCAUGGCCCUGCAAAGCAAUUCGGACUGCAAAGCGUUUGGGUUGACAGAGGGGGUUUGAUGGGAGGCGAGCCCGAGGGUGCACAGGAGAAGUUCGGAUUCAAGCUGAGGGUUGAGACUCUCCGUGAACUGGCAGACAUCGUAGAAGAUGCUUUCAGCAAAGCUUAG